AUGAAGACAUUGCUAUUUCAGUGAUUAAGGGGCUAAAAUAUAAGUUUUAUCAAAACAAUUGCUUUCUUAUCUUUGUGAAGAGUUAGAUAAACGCCGUCAAAAUUACUUACUACUCAAAAUACAACGGGAAUAUUUCCGCCAUGGCUAAGCCAGUAUUAUACUCGUACUGGCGCAGCUCAUGCUCGUGGCGAGUGCGAAUCGCGCUGAAUUUAAAAGAGAUACCUUAUGAUAUAAAAGCUGUGAGCCUGAUCAAAGGAGGUGGGGAACAACAUUGCAAUGAGUACCGGGAGGUGAAUCCAAUGGAGCAAGUGCCAUCACUUUGUAUAGAUGGGCACACAAUUGUAGAAUCUCUAAACAUAAUGCAUUACCUUGAGGAAACCAGACCUCAACGCCCACUGAUGCCUCAAGAUUGCUUUAAGCGGGCUAAAGUGCGAGAAAUAUGUGAAGUGAUAGCUUCUGGCAUUCAGCCUCUUCAGAACCUGAUAGUCCUGAUCUAUGUUGGAGAAGAUAAGAAGAAAGAAUGGGCCCAGCACUGGAUUACCCGUGGCUUCCGAGCCACUGAGAAACUGCUCUCAGCAUGUGCUGGGAAAUAUUGUGUCGGAGAUGAGAUUACUCUAGCAGACUGCUGCCUUGUGCCACAGGUGUUUAAUGCUAGAAGAUUUCAUGUUGACCUGCGCCCGUUUCCCAUAAUUCUGCGCAUAGAUCGUGAGUUGGAGAACCACCCGGCUUUCCGCGCCGCCCACCCCUCGUCGCAGCCCGACUGCCCACCAGAAGUUGCCAAAUAAACGGAUAACAUCAGAACCACAUAUUAGUCGUUUCCUGUGCCUAUCCGAUACAGUUUUUUAACGCAUAUUUUGCUUCAAAAUAUUUUUGUUGAUAAGAGGCCAACCUAUUUUAAGUAGGCCCUAAUUUGUUAUACUAUUUAAUGGAUACGUUCAAAAAACUUUUUAUGUUACAAACGCGCGGGAAUAUUUGAAAGGUUCAACAAGUUGACUACCUGUGGAGUUUCUAUUUUUAUCUGAAUGCUCGUGGUGCCAGACGUGCAUGGUCUAUGGUUGGUAAUACAGUUUGAUUUCCUGAUUCCAUUUUCAAAUCGAAAACCUUUCUCGUUAAAAUCAUUAAUGUUUUUUUUAUAAACUUGGAUUAUUAUGUCUUUGAUGGAUGUACUUAACUUUUAUUUAAGAGUAAUACAACAUUCCAGGGAUCAGACUUUAUAAAAUAUGAUGAUAUAAUUAAAACCUAAUGUUAUAAGAAAUGAGUGGUUUAGUGCAUCAUGUUAUCACAUUCAAUGUAAGCCAUCAUAAUCAAUAUUAGUUUUAGAAUGUACAUUAGCAUUACUAUUAAAAUAUAAAUCAUGCUUCACAAACAUAUACACACAUAUAGUAAACAAAA